GACCCUAGGGCUGUUCGCUUCUUUGAUCGGCGGGAUUAUUAUACUGCUCACGGUGAAAAUGCCACUUUUAUUGCAAAAACAUACUAUCAUACAACCACUGCUUUGAGGCAACUUGGUGGCAGAUCUGAUGGCCUCUCCAGCGUAAGUGUUAGUAGAAACAUGUUUGAAACUAUUGCCCGUGAUCUUCUUCUAGAGAGAAUGGACCAUACUCUUGAACUCUAUGAAGGUAGUGGCUCCAAUUGGAGAUUAGUGAAAAGUGGAACUCCUGGAAAUCUUAGCGGUUUUGAAGAUGUCUUAUUUGCCAACAAUGAGAUGGAGGAUACACCUGUGGUUGUGGCCUUACUUCCAAACUUCCGUGACAAUGGCUGCACAGUUGGCUUGGGGUAUCUUGAUUUAACUAAGAAAAUACUUGGAUUAACUGAAUUUCUUGAUGAUAGCCACUUUACAAAUGUUGAAUCAGCUUUGGUCGCUCUUGGUUGUAAGGAAUGUCUUUUGCCUACUGAGAGUGGAAAAUCAAAUGAAUUUAGAACUCUGAAUGAUGCUUUCUCCAGAUGUGGUGUGAUGGUAACAGAAAGAAAAAAAAGUGAGUUUAAAGCGAGAGAUUUGGUGCAGGAUCUGGGUCGGCUUGUUAAGGGCUCAAUUGAGCCAGUUAAAGAUUUAGUUUCUGGAUUUGAAAUUGCACCUGCUGCUUUAGGUGCACUACUAAACUAUGCAGAAUUACUCUCAAAUGAGAGCAAUUAUGGAAAUUAUACCAUCCGAAGGUACAGUCUUAACAGCUAUAUGAGAUUAGAUUCGGCUGCUAUGAGGGCGCUUAAUAUCAUGGAAAGCAAAACUGACGCAAAUAAAAAUUUUAGUUUGUUUGGUCUCAUGAAUAGAACCUGCACUGCUGGUAUGGGGAAACGAUUACUUCAUAUGUGGCUAAAACAGCCUUUAUUAGAUUGUACUGAAAUCAACUGCAGGCUAGAUAUGGUGCAAGCAUUUGUUGAAGAUACUGCUCUUCGCCAAAAUCUGAGGCAGCAUCUCAAAAGAAUCUCUGAUAUAGAAAGACUGAUCCACAAUCUUCAGAAGAAAAGAGCUGGUUUGCAGCAUAUUGUAAAACUUUAUCAGUCAAGUAUAAGGCUUCCCUACAUUCGGAGUGCUAUAGAACAGUAUGAUGGAGAAUUUUCAGCAUUGAUCAAGGAGAGAUAUUUGGACCCCCUUGAGUUGUUGACUGAUGAUGAUCACUUGAAUAAGUUCAUUGCUCUUGUAGAAACAUCUGUUGAUCUUGAUCAACUUGAUAAUGGGGAGUAUAUGAUUUCAUCUAGUUAUGACUCUGCACUAUCUGCACUGAAAGAGGAGCAAGAGUCACUCGAGCAGCAAAUACACAAUUUGCAUAAGCAAACUGCUCUUGAGCUUGAUCUACCGUUGGAUAAGGCACUAAAGUUGGAUAAGGGCACACAGUUUGGGCAUGUAUUUAGAAUUACAAAGAAGGAAGAGCCAAAAAUAAGAAAAAAGCUCACAACCCAAUUUAUUGUCCUCGAAACACGGAAAGAUGGUGUAAAAUUUACAAAUACGAAACUUAAAAAAUUAGGUGAUCGGUACCAAAAGAUUCUUGAUGAUUACAAGAAUUGUCAAAAAGAGCUGGUUAACCAGGUGGUCCAAACUGCAGGAACUUUUUCUGAGGUUUUCGAAUCAUUGGCUGGAUUGCUCUCCGAAUUGGAUGUCUUGCUUAGUUUUGCUGAGUUGGCAUCCAGUUGUCCUACUCCAUACACUAGACCCAACAUCACCUCAUCAGUAACUACUUUCUUUUUUUUUUUUUACUACAUUUUGUUUCUUGUCUUCAUGCUUUUCGCUUUGUUUUUUAAAUAUCUUCAUCCUAUG